UAUCGGAGCCGUUUGUGAGCUACGAUAGGAGAAACGCGACCCACUGUUUGUGUCUGAGCGUCACGUGACCGCAGCAGCUGGCGACGCUUCAGCGCGCUGACGUCACGGAAGGAGGAAGAUGUCGCUUCAAGAAGCAACGAGGAUGGUGGAGCAGAACACUGAGAUGAAGCUGAAGAACCUGCUGAAGCAGGACAAGAUCCAGCUGUGGAACCCUCCGUACACCGAGGACAACAACCAGCCGGGACUGCAGCACAUGCAGGAGCUGUCCCAGCGCUACGCCGCCCUGCUGGCUCUGCCGCCGCCCGAGGUGAGCGCCGCUCUGGAGUCGGUGCGCGUUCAGGCGGUGAGGAGGGGGAAGGGAAACCGGGCGUUCAGGGAGACGAGCGUGGCCACUCUGGAGCUGCUGCUGCCCCGGGGCAGCAGGAAGGAGUCCGGAGAGAAGACCCUGGUGGAGACGAGGCUGGACGCGCCGGCGCAGCAGCUGGUGGACAGGAUCGGGGAAGAAUUCAACCUGAAACACAUCAAACUGAUCGUGAACGGGAAAACUCUGAGUGUGGGCCAGCGUCUGGAUGAGCAGGAGGUGAAGAACAACAGUAAGGUGAUGGUGCUGAAGCUGAGUGACGCUGAGUGGAAACAGCAGCUGAGUCAGGAGGAGGAGAAGAGGAGGAGGCAGGAGGAGAGCCUGCAGAGGACACACAAGGGCUUCCAGAUCCUCUCAGAGCGAGAGGGCUAUGAUGAUCCAGAAACGACUCCUUUUCUGGAGAUUGCAGACCAGAAAGGAAACCCGCUGAAGAUCCCCCAUAAAGAGAAGAAGGCUCUGAUCCUGGCGAUGGGUUUCCAUGAGAAAGGUCGCUCUCUGAUGAAGAAGCAGCAGUACGACGACGCUCUGAUCCACCUCCUGCAGGCCGACCAGCACUUCAACCAGUGUGGCUCCGCCCUCCUGUCCUCGGUGGACAACUCGGCCGUGCUGCAGCUGGACAUCGUGUGGUGUUACCGCGCUCUGGAGGCGCUCAGCUGCCUGCAGGACGCCGCCGGCCGCCUGAGCCGAGCCGAGAGCGUCUUCCUGCAGUGCUACGGAGCCGAGAGGGAGCGGCUGAGGAUGCUCAAGGGUAACACUGGCAGAGAGGAGGUGCUGUUCCUCAGGCUGUACCUCCUUCAGAGCCUCCUCUCCUACAUCGAGGGGAACGACAGGAAAGCUCUGCAGCUGCUGUCCUCAGUGGAGUCUCUGUACAGCAGACUGUCUCUGGACUCGGGGAAGGUGGCUCAGCUGCUGGAUCUGGGAUUCACUGAGCGAGAGGCUCGGCUGGGGCUGAGAGCCAGCCAGGGAGACCUGGGGGGGGCGGCCGAGCACAUCAGCACCAGGAGGGAGGAGCAGCAGCAGCUGAAGCAGCAGGAGGCGCAGAGGCGGCGCCGCAGGAUGGAGGCCAUCUCCGCCCUGACGGAGCUGGGCUUCUCCCGCCGGGACGCCGCCCGGGCGCUGGAGCAGGCGGGAGGGGACGCCGACUCCGCCUACUCUAUCCUGGUGGAAUCCUCUCGGCUCUCCAACAACAACCAGCAGGAGGCGCUCAGUCCUCACAAGGUGGAGCAGCUGCUCUCUCUGGGGUUCCUCCGCUCGUCCUCGGAGGCGGCGCUCUCCGUCACCGGGGGAAACGUGGAGGAGGCGACUCAGCUGCUGCUGGACCACGGCGGCGUCGUCCCCCCCCAGCUGCUGGGCGCCUCGUCCCCCGGCGUGUCCUCUUCGUCGUCCUCGUCUCCGUCCUGUGAGGAGCCCGCCUCCUCCUCCUCCUCCUCCUCCUCCUCCUCCGCCCCCUCCCCUGCAGAGGAGGCGCAGCUGGUGAAGGAGGUGCUGGAGGACCUGCCCCCCCACGAGGAGGACCACCUGGACCUGACGCUGGAGGAGGAGGCGCAGCUCAUCGCCUCGCUGCGCGGCUUCCUGAGGCCUGCUGGGACGCCGCCCUCAGCGUGAGGCGUUCAGGGACGCCUCGUUCAGCCCGGCACCGGCGCGAGGCGUUCAGGGACGCCUGGUUCAGCCCGGCACCGGCGCGAGGCGUUCAGGGACGCUGGGUUCGGCCUGUAAAUAGUCCGGUCCUCGAGAAUCUGCAGCCUCCUCCCUCAGGUUUGCUCUCUGGAGGAACUUUCCCCCCCAGAGGAUUAUUUUUGGGUUUUGAGUGAAAACAGGAAGUUGGGGUCAGAUGGAGCUUUAGUUUGGCGUCUCAGACUGUGAGUAAUAAAGUCUUUUCUACAGAGAAAUGGGUGUUU